AUGAGAGGAAACUUGACCGUGUCGAGCUCGGAAGCUUUGACCACGACGCUUCGCAAUGCGAUCCAAGCUUUAGGUCGUGGUUUCGAUGUUACAUCCGAUGUUCGGCUUCUGUACUGCAAAGGAGCUCCUGGGUCAAGGCUUGUUCGUAUCGAAGAAGGACAAAACAGAGAUCUUGAAUUGUCCGAUGGGUAUCUUCUUCCCGAUGUCCCUGCUGAUAUCGAGUGCUCACGAGGCAGCAGUAGAUUACAGAGAAUCCCUGUCUGCAGCUUCCACCAGAUGGCAGAAUACUUCAAUGAGAGAUCAGGUGUAAAAGGGAACAUACCACUUGGAUGCUUUAACGCGAUGUUCAAUUACACGGGCUCUUGGCAAGUCGAUGCAGCAUCCACGAAAUCUCUUGCACUGGUCGGAUAUUUCAUUCCGCUUUAUGAAGUCAAACUGGCAAAGCUUACAUUGGUUUUGCGCAAUGAGAUUAGACGCGCCGUUCCUUCCUCGUGGGAUCCUGCUUCGUUAGCUAGCUUUAUCGAAAAUUACGGGACUCACAUUGUAACUUCGGUGACGAUUGGUGGAAGAGACGUGGUUUACAUUAGACAGCAUCAGUCUUCUCCUUUACCGGUAUCUGAAAUCGAGAACUAUGUCAAUGACGUGACGGAGCACAGGUUUCAAGAAGCAGAGAGUCAAUCUAUGACUGGCCCCUUUAAAUACAAAGACAAGGAUAUCACAGUAAUAUUUAGGAGAAGAGGAGGCGACGAUCUUGAACAAAGCCAUGCUCGAUGGGCUGAGACAGUACCCGCAGCUCCAGAUAUUAUCAACAUGACGUUUACUCCCAUUGUUUCUCUCCUCGAAGGUGUCCCUGGUCUAAGGCAUUUAACUCGUGCUAUCGAACUUUACUUGGAAUAUAAGCCUCCUAUCGAAGAUUUACAGUACUUCUUGGAUUUCCAAAUAGCUCGAGCUUGGGCUCCUGAACAGAGUAACCUCCAACGGAAAGAACCUGUGUGUCAAUCUCUUCAGUUCAGCUUAAUGGGUCCCAAGCUGUUCAUCAGCGCUGACCAGGUAACUGUUGGGCGUAAACCGGUCACAGGUCUCAGGCUAAGCUUAGAAGGAAGCAAACUGAACCGUCUCUCUAUCCAUUUGCAGCACUUAGUGUCUCUCCCUAAAAUCUUGCAGCCACAUUGGGACUCUCACGUGCCAAUAGGUGCACCGAAAUGGCAAGGACCAGAGGAGCAAGAUAGCCGUUGGUUCGAGCCAAUCAAAUGGAAGAACUUCUCACACGUAAGCACAUCGCCGAUCGAACACACGGAGACCCACAUUGGAGAUCUCUCGGGGGUUCACAUUGUCACCGGAGCUCAGCUAGGUGUUUGGGAUUUCGGAUCAAAGAACGUUUUGCACCUGAAACUACUCUUCUCCAAAGUCCCUGGUUGCACGAUAAGACGGUCUGUCUGGGACCACACUCCGGUUGCUUCCACGGGGAGAGUCGAACCGGGAGGUCCGUCUACAUCAACCUCGACGGAGGAGAAGAGAGAGGACUUGUCGGGACAAUCAGGGAAACUGGCUAAGAUCGUUGAUUCGUCGGAGAUGUUGAAAGGACCACAGGAUUUGCCUGGACAUUGGCUUGUGACUGGAGCAAAGCUAGGCGUUGAAAAAGGAAUGGCUUCAAACGGCGACGAAGGUCAGGUGGCUCCCGGAGAUCCGAUGACGUUUUCGUCGCGUAUGAUUGAUGUCGGAACGACAAUCAUGCAGAGGAGGUUACCGGUGAAGCAAAUGAGCAGUCAUGUCUCUACGUUUGCGAUUUACGGUGGAGAUAUGUCUCGGCAAAUAGAGACUCACCACUACGUCCACCGAGUCAACGACGAGUUCCUCCAGUGCGCCGUUUACGCCUCUGACCGUCCCGAUGCACCUCUCAUCGGAAUUGAAUAUGUAAUAUCUGACCGGUUAUACGAAAAUCUGCCUCAAGAUGAGCAAAAGCUUUGGCACUCUCACGCUUACGAGGUUAAAUCCGGUUCGUGGGCUUAUCCACGGCUGCCUGAGGUUGUGGCUGCUUCGGAGCUCAAGAACAUAGCCAAAACGUACGGAAAGUUUUGGUGCACCUGGCAGAUAGACCGUGGUGACAAGUUACCAAUGGGUGCACCCGAACUGAUGAUGUCGCCACAGGGGGUGGGGCAAGGGGUUAUAAGGCCGGACUUGGUUAAGAUCAGAGAUGAGAAGUACAACACUUCGACCGAUGAAUUGAAGAACCAGAGAGCAGAGAUAGCUGAACCGGAGUGGAUCAAUCCGAUGGCAGAUUACUGGAAGCAACAUGGUAAGUGUUUUGUACUCGAUACCGUGACUGUGGAAAUGAAACGUAACGCUCAAUUCCCGUGA